UAUUGAAAAUAUGGCUUACCUUAACUGUAACUGCAGUAUAGAAAUCUGUAAACAUUAGCAAUUUGUUCUCGUUUCAGUUUUCUGCUCCGAGGACUAAUUUUUGUUUUCUGUUUAGCAAUAGAAAUAUAAAAAGCGAAGGUAUUUAAAGGUCGGAAUGUGGUUAGGAGACGAGAUUUCGAUAUAAUUGUUUCUUUAAUAUAAAUCUCUUCUUUGCACUCAAAUAGAAGCAUGGAGCAAAUAAUUGUCUUCAUCCUAUGCAUUGCCUUUUCUGCUUCACAGAGAAUGGAGGCAUCUCCAUUUCCUGCUGAUAGCCACUAUAGUAUGAAUCUGAAUAUGCCAGAUGUCAGGCCCACUGUUCCUGAUUCCUAUGUUUGCACAGCUCGUAAACUGGAUCCUCACGAAUCCUAUAUUAUAAAAUAUGAUCCAGAUGUUAAUGCUAAAACUGCACAUCAUAUGCUGUUGUUUGGCUGCAAAGAUUUAAAGAAUCAAAACCACUUAUAUCCUGCACAUUGGAACUGUGCCCAUAGUGACCUUUGUGAUCAAAUAACUAUCAUGUAUGGCUGGGCAAAGAAUGCUCCUUCUAUAGAGUUACCUGCAGAUGUAGGUUUUCUGAUUGGAGGAAACAGCUCAAUCCAAUAUCUAGUACUACAAAUACAUUAUGCAAAUUCUUUACCAGAAGGAACUACAGACAACAGUGGGUUAAAACUCCAUUUAACUACUCAAAGGCAACGAUAUGUCACUGGAAUACGUUUGUUGUUGGCAGAUUAUGCUCAAAUACCACCUCAUGCUCCAA